AUGCCUUCCGCGACCUCUUCUAAGCGCUCGCGCCGCGCCGCGUUCGACGACGACGGUGACGAGUCUGGAGAUGGCGUCAGCAUUGCCCAAGCCAGUUCGAGCCUCAGGAACGAAACUCAGCGCAAGAAAGCUCGCGUCUCCAAUGCCGGCCCGAGUAGAAAGUCGGCUUGGACGGCUCCAGAGCGGGACUCUCCCGCUUCUGACGAGGACGAGGUUAUGCAACAACCAGAGGCGCCGCCCACACCACCUCCUGCCACUCAGUACGAGCUCAUGCGUGAUGCCGACUUCAGGCACCUGGAGCACACCGAGCAAGACGACCAGCGAGCAACCCAACGUCUACAAAACCAGCCCGUGCUCAUUGGCGAGAACCACGCCUCCCUGAACGCCAUCAUCGAGAGUAUCACCUGCUGCAACUUCAUGUGUCACGUCCGCCUACAUUGCGAGCUCGGUCCCCUGCUCAACUUCAUCGUCGGCGAGAAUGGAAGCGGAAAGAGCGCCAUCUUGACUGCCAUCACCCUGUGCUUGGGCGGAAAGGCCAGCGCUACCAAUCGUGGUGGGAGUCUACGGAGCUUCGUCAAGGAGGGUCAGGAAAGUGCCUCGCUGACCGUCAAGAUCAAGAACGAGGGCGAUGACGCCUACAAGCCCGACCUUUUUGGGGGGUCCAUCACCUUUGAGCGGUGGUUCAACAAAUCCGGCUCCAGUGGUUUCAAACUAAAGUCCGCCGGCGGCAGGGUAAUCUCCACCAAGAAGGGCGAUGUCGACGACGUCGUCGAGUACUUCUGUCUCCAGGUGGACAACCCCCUCAAUGUCCUUUCUCAAGACAACGCCCGCCAGUUCUUGAACGCCGCAACACCCGCGACCAAAUACAAGUACUUUGUCCAGGGCACCCAGCUGGAGCAGCUCGACCAUGACUACCAGCUCCUCACCGAAAUGCUUGAUGCCAACGAGGCCAAGCUGGCAGAAUAUUCAGAGAAUUUAACCUAUCUUAAGGACAAAUAUGAGAAGGCUGUGAAGCUGAGGGACGCGCUUGGCAAGAGUUCCGAAAUGCGCGCAAAGACCAAGGUCUACAAGAACCAGUUGGCCUGGGCUCAGGUGUUGGAGCAGGAGAUAGAUCUGGAGAAGAAGGAGAACAAUGUCGAGACCACCCAAGAGGAGAUCACGCGGAUGGAGCAGGAGAUCGAUGAGAAGUCCGAGGUCCUCCAGAGGAUCAAUGACAAGAUACAGCAAGCAACCGAGGGCUUGCAGUCGAUUCAAAUGGAGGAAAGUCAAAUCCAGGAGCAAGAGAGGGAGGCAAAGGCCAAGUAUGACGAGGCCAGGACGGAGAUUCAAACGAUGCAUACUCAGGAGAGGGAUAUGCACAGCCAAGUAACGAAGGCCACGAACCAAGUCAAGAAUUAUGAAAAUUCGGUCCGCGAGGAAGAGCGUCGUCUCGAGCUCGCCAACGGCGGGGCUCUCACCGUUAUACAAAAGGAGCUUGAAGACGCCAAACAGGCCAAGGAGGAUGCGUCCAAAUCCGCCGAAGAUCACAAACGUGGCUUGGAGGCCUUGAACCGGGACUCAGCUGCUGCUCAAGCGAAACUGCAGGAAUCAGGAGAGGCUGUCGAACAGAAGCGGAAGGAAAUCAAGGCAGCCGAAAGCCAGGUCCAAUUGUUGUCGAGAAACCGCAGCGACCUGUUCGCUGGCUACGAAGCCCAGGUCCCUCAGCUGCUGAGGCUCAUUGAAAGUGAGAACGGUUUCAGAGAGAAGCCGGUCGGGCCAAUUGGUUUCCACUUACAGCUCGCCAAAGCCCAGUGGUCCCAGAUCCUGGAGAGAACGCUAGGGGGCAACCUCAACGCAUUCGUCGUGACAAGCAAGGCAGACCAACAGCGGCUGAAUGGCCUCAUGCAGAGGUUGCGCAUUAUCAACUGCCCGAUUCUCAUUGCCUCCCACGCCCGAAUCGGCAACAACCUGAGGGAGCCAGACCCGGAGUUUGACACAAUCUUGAGAGUGUUGAAGAUAGACAACCACCUUGUACGAGAUCAGCUGAUCAUCAACAACCAAAUCGACCAGGUGCUUCUGAUUGAGAGUAGAGAAGAAGCUCAGCAUGUCAUGUUCGACGGCCAGCCACCACAGAACGUUUCUGCUUGCUUGGUUUUCCACGAUGGCAAGAGGGGCCAUGGUCUUCGACUCUAUGCUGGUGGCGGCGGCAACAUCAGCUCGUCACCUAUAACGCCCAAUUUCAAACAAAAGCCACGCAUCAAGUCAGACGCCGAGACCGAGAUCAAGUAUCAUCAGGAGAAUCUAGCGCAGCUUCAAGCGGAAUCCCGGACUCUGAAGGCAUCAAGAAGGACAAUACAGCAAGCCACUCAGCGGUGCAGCCAAGCAGUAGCCCAACAUGUGAGACAAACGAAAUCACUUGAACAGGCGAUCAACAAUGCGGGUGUCCGAGUCUCCAAGAUUGAAGGGCAGCUCGACGAUUUUGACGGUAUUGACGCGAAGCUGCAUGCGCUCAAGAAGGACCUCGAACAAGCUCAGCAGACAAAGGACCAUUACGGUGUCCAAUAUGGCGAUUUUGCGGCGCGAAAGGCUGAGAUGAAUAAGGACGUUGAAGAUCUCAAGAAAGAAUUUCAGGAUGCGAAGACAGUCUCUCGGGAUCACAACGCAAAGGUGGCCAAGGCUGAGGACAAGGUCAAAAGGUUUACGGAGAACCGCACCCUAGCCACCAUAGAGAAGAACCAAGCCCACGAACAACUUGCUAUCGCCAAGGUACGGAAGGAGGACGCGCAGCGCUCCCGGGACCGACAGAUCAAGAUCGUAGCCGAUUGGACGCAGCAGGCGAGCAGCAUAGCCCCCGAGCGAGCUUACAUCCCGGAGGGGGAGACCUAUAACGGCAUUGAGCGCAAGUACGAGGCCGUUAAAGGACAGAUCAAGAAGCUAGAAAAUCAGGUGGGAGCAUCGCAGGAGGAAGUCAACGAGCGGACGGCGCAGGCUAAAGUUGAGUAUGACAGCGCCAGGAAAAAUAACAAGAAUCUCACAUCUCUCGUGGACGGCUUAAAGCAGGCGUUGAUGGACCGGCUGGCCAAGUACCGGAACUUUCAACGGCACGUCUCGGCUCACGCCCGAACCAACUUUGGCUAUCUCCUCAGCGAACGUGGCUUCAGGGGUCAGCUUCUACUAGACCACAAGGCCAGGAAGCUAGAGGUACAAGUAGAGCCGGACGAGACACGAAGAAAUGGAAAGGGGCGGAACACGAAGACCCUCUCGGGUGGAGAAAAGUCGUUCUCGUCCAUAUGUCUCUUGCUGGCCAUUUGGGAUGCGAUGGGCUCUCCCCUGCGUUGUCUCGACGAGUUCGACGUCUUCAUGGACAACGUGAACCGCGCCAUCAGCACCAACAUGCUUAUUACCGCUGCACGUCGCUCGGUCGGGAAACAAUUUAUCCUCAUCACUCCCAAUGCAAUCGAAGGCAGGGCGCAGGUAGACAAAGACGUCAAGAUCAUCAGGCUCACGGACCCUCGACAACGGCUUCUUGCGGACCCCUGA